UAUCCUUAUCUGCCAACCUUCAUCCUACAACUUAUCCAGAGACAUCGCAGUUUCGAAUCCUCGAGGCAGCCAACGACGACAAAUACCAUUCGACUGCCUUCACGAUGGGCAACAACCUCUUGCUCAAGAAGUCAUGGCACCCGGGCCUGAUGAAGAAUCAGGACCGGGUGUGGCAGGAGGAGAAAAAGGCCCUGGAGGAGCGCAAGAAGACGGAGGCGCGACUGCAGGAAAUCAAGGAGGAGCGCGCCAAGGAGGAUCUCCAACGGCAGCUCGAGGCCGCGGGCGCGAAGCCGAAACUCGACAAGGUGGACUGGAUGUACCAGGGCCCUUCCGACGGCCAGGGCGACAGCCAUGAGCUCGAGGCGUUCCUCCUCGGCAAGCGCAGAAUCGACAGCGUCCUCACGCGCAACGACGGCACGGAGAACCUCAAGAAGAACGCCGGCGAGCAGAGCUUCAUGGCCCUGCAGAACGCCAACACCGAGCGAGACACGCAGGCCAAGAUCCGCGAAGACCCCAUGCUGGCCAUGAAGAAGGCGGAGCAGGCGGCGUACGAGAGCAUGAUGAACGACCCCAUCCGCCGGCGACAGCUUCUCGCAACAAUGGGAAAGUCCGACCCGAAGGAAUCGUCGUCGUCCAGAAAGAAGGACGAUCGCCAUCACUCGCGCAGGCACAGACACCGGUCGCGGUCGGGAGAGCGGCAUCAUCGUCACGGGGAGCGCAGCGGUCGGCGACACCACAGGCGCUCAGACUCCACCAGCGAUCGGGAAGACUCGAGAGAAAGGCGCCCACGGCGACACCGAUCCAGGUCACCCGAAGAGAAGAACGAUCGCGAUCGUGCGGAUUCGAGGCGCAGAGAGGGUCGACCAGAAGGCUCCCACCACCGGCGGCGGCGGUCCACUUCAGGCGACCGAGCCCCACGCAGAGAUUCUGAGCGAGAUACAGACAGGCGGCGAGAUCGUUCAAGAAGUCCCCGGGGCGACAGAUCAAAAGAUGGCAGCUACAGGCGGAGGCACGACUAUUCACCGGAGCCACCACGCGACCGUAGAGAGAGAGACGACCGCGACAGCCACGACAAGGCCAAGAGAUAUGAUAGAAACGGCCGAGACUACCGCGACCAGCGACGAGGCCCGCUGACUCAGGACCGGGGAGGUUUCCGGAAUAAUGGCAGUCAUAGCGGCAAUGCCGGCGACAAGGAUAAUGAUGAGGAAGAACGCGCCCGCAAGCUCGCCGCGAUGCAGGCCGCAGCCUCAGACCUUGAUCGCGACCGCGAGUCGCGCCUCGCUGCGCUUGCGCAGAAAGAGCAGCAAGAGCGGGAGGCCGACGACAAGGCGCGCGAGCAUUCGAACAAAUUUGGUGCUGGAGAUCGUGACUUUGCAAAUGGUUUGCGGAGAAAGCAGCUCGGAUUGUCGUGAGGAUAUAGGUAAAGAUCAGUCGGCCCGGGCUGAAGCAGACAUCAUUCAUUGUGCACUAGCGUUUCCAUUUCUGUGUAGCUAUAAGGUUUCUGCAUAGGCCUGAAAAUGAUUAUCAAGGAUUUCAGUUUCCAU